AGGUAGCAGUCAGUGCAAUGGGAUAGAGGAGAGCGAGGAGGAGGAGGAGGAGAGAGUGAAUGAGAGCUGCUGGAUCUGCCUUGCCUGCGUGCCUGCCUGCCUGUCGUCUGCUGAAGCUGGGUUUACCGCCACGCCACGCUGCACUGGCACAGAGCAGAGUCACGGCCCAUUUGCACCACCGUCCACACACUCAGCACCAACACGGAGCCACACAGCACCGGUCCUCACUCCACCAGCAAAGACAACCAGGGACAGAGCUCACCGGGCUUUCUCCAUCAUCAAGGGGGGGGCGCAGCAGCAACGAAAGGGGCCUGACGCUACAAUUUAGGCACCAGCUGCUACCUCAACCAAAUCCCCCUCCACCUUAUCCCAUCCUUACCAACACCACCACCACCACUCCUCUCUUGCUCCUCCCUAUGCCCUUGUCCUCGGCGGCUCCUCUCACCUCCCUGGCCAGUAUAUGGAUAGAAGCUCCCUGUUUCAGCUCAUACAAGAGCAGCUGGACCCAGACAACACCGGUUUCAUCGCUGUGGAGAACUUCACCAGCUUGGUGGAGCACCAUGAACUGCAGCUGGACCCGUCCAAACUGGACAUGCUGUUAGCCCUGGUCCAGAGCAAUGAAGAGGGACAGGUGUGCUACCAGGAGCUCAUUGAGCUGAUGAGCAGUAAGCGCUCCAGCAGUUUCCGACGGGCCAUUGCUAAUGGCCGCCGCACGCUGCAAAGGGAGAUCCUGCUGGACGAGACGGGGCUGGGUCUGUACAAACGUUUUGUCCGCUAUGUGGCCUACGAGAUCCUGCCCUGCGAGACGGACCGACGCUGGUACUUCCACCAGAACCGCCUGUGUCCUCCACCUGUCUUCAUCGCCAUCGUCACCAUCGUACAGAUUAUCGUGUUCAUGUGCUAUGGCAUCAUGCUAAACAAGUGGGUGCUGCAGACCUAUCAGCCUGACUUCAUGAAGAGCCCCCUGGUAUAUCAUCCUGGCCACCGUGCACAAGUGUGGCGCUUCUUCAGCUACAUGUUCAUGCACGUUGGUUUGGAGCAGCUGGGGUUCAAUGCUUUACUGCAGCUGAUGAUUGGUGUUCCUUUGGAGAUGGUCCAUGGCAUUUUACGAAUAAGUCUGCUCUACAUGGCAGGCGUGCUGGCCGGCUCGCUGACUGUGUCCAUCACCGACAUGCGUGCUCCAGUGGUGGGGGGCUCCGGAGGGGUCUACGCUCUGUGCUCAGCGCAUCUGGCCAACGUCGUCAUGAACUGGGCCGGGAUGCGUUGUCCAUACAAGCUGCUCCGCAUGAUCCUGGCACUAGUUUGCAUGAGUUCGGAGGUGGGCCGUGCAGUCUGGCUCCGCUUCUCACCGCCGCUGCCCUCCUCGGGGCCCCAGCCCAGCUUCAUGGCACACCUGUCAGGAGCCGUGGUCGGCAUCAGCAUGGGGCUGCUGAUUCUGCGCAGCUACGAGGAGAGUCUGCAGAAACAGUGCUCCUGGUGGGUCAUCAUCUUCUCCUUCAUCACCUUCCUCCUCUUCGCCAUCUUCUGGAACAUCUUUGCAUAUGAGCUGCUGGGAGUGCAGAUACCGCCUCCUCCCUGAUGAAGGCCCCCCUUGCCCACAGGCCCUCCUCCACAUACAUACUGACUCCAGCCCUGCUCCAAACAAAGGCUCCCCUUUGACCAUAGUUAACUUUCCCAUCAUCUCUCAAGUUAGUCCCAAAUGAAAUGAUAUGAAAUCAUUCGAAACGAAAAAAUCGACCAAGAAUCCUUUUUUACAGAUACUUUGCAAAUCAAAGAAAUAUGUCUCUUUUAUUAAAGAGGGAUUACAGUAGCAACAAGUACAGGUGAAAGUUCCUCAGAUGCAUUUUGAGGAGCCUUUUAUCUUUUUAUAUAUACGUUGAAGUCUCAUCCACAUUACCAGCACUAACCUUUGAGUGAGCAUUUAGCCGCCGGGCUCUUCAUUUCAGAGGCCUAUUGAAAAGCUGUUUCAUCGGUUGUUUCUUUGAGUGCAUUUUUCAUACAUGUAAAGAAGAACCUGAGUUGAUGACACGUGCCUGUGGUGAAGAAGAAGGGGAAUUAAAGGGUGCGGUAGGAGCGGGCUGUGGCGGUGACAAUGCUGAAAAAACGCCAUGAGAAAUUUUCUUUCAUGAUGUGCAGAGAUCAGGAUCAGCUGCAGAGAUGUCCCUUAAACUAAUAGGGUUUUGCUUUAAGUCACUUAAACAAAGUAGAUGCUUGAAUCUGAGUCCGUUUAGCUGCUUUAAAUGGAGAUUUAAAGAAGAAUUACAGGAAGAGAGUGUUUAAGUCUGGGGGCAGCAAUAAAAAAAAAUACAGAAGCACCAAUUAAAUAUGAUUGCUGGUAAGGUUGUUUUAUUUCACAGCCCUGCUGUAACUCACAGGGGUCACUCUGGCUUUUUGCAAAAGUGCUGACACACUGAUUGAAAAACAAAAAGCAGCUACACACGUUUCCUUCAAAUUGAGCUGCUGAGAAGAAGCUCCAACCCGAUUAUAAGGCAUCAGUCAAAAUUCUUUAUCCCUGAGUCCAAAUGGUUUUCCCAGAGCAGUCACAGGAAGAAUGGAGGAGAAGGAGUACCUUAAUUUUCAUCAGUCAUUUUCACUUCAUGGGGUCUUAAAAAAUUAGAAGACAUGCGUUUUUUUUAAUGGUUUUUUCCAUGACACGAUACCUACACUGUGGAUACAGAAACAUAUUUCACACAACAUAGACAAGACAUGAAGAUGGGAAAUGAAAGUGUGACAGGAGAGGAAAGAAAGAGAAAAAGAAGCUCGUGAGAAAAUAACAAGCUGAAGUUUCCUGGAUCACUUAAACGAGUGAACUCCUCCUGUUGCUGUGUCAAACUAUCCACCGACUUGUUAGGCGCACCGUGUAAAAUAUGCCAUGUCAUGCUCUGUGGCUCUCAGCGAGACAAGGACACACACACACGUACACUCACAAACACACACACACCUCUCCUCUUUGUCUGAGAGAGCAGCCACUGCCUGAAUCUGUAGGUCAACGUGGACAAACUGAAGAGAAGAAUACACACACACACACACAUACACACUGGCCUCUGCCUGUUCUCGCUCUGACAGACUGAACUGGGGAGGGCGCGGAUGUGUCAUCACCUGACCUCUGACCUUCGUGUCCCAGAGGGCAUUGGGGUCUCUCUGUCAGGCCCAGUCUAUACCUCAGUUUCUCAUUCUUAGGGACUGUAUACUUUUGUAAAGGAAUGUACCUAUAAAGAAAAAAAAGAGUGUUAUUAAGUUGUCCCCGUUUUUCAUUUGAUAGUGGAUGUGUAUAUUGUAUGUUCAUAACCAAGAGUAUAUUUAUUUGUAUUUUUUUUUUCCCUCUUUGAGGGGGAAAAGAGAAAAGUUUCAAAUGGUGCAAAAUUAAUGCUAUGAUUGUUGUUCUUCUGAUAACUCCUGUAUGGCUUUGAAAAAUAGUCUAUGAGGCAGAAUCCCCUGGUUUGUUAGAUGACCACCGACGACUCAAGCUCACUUGAUUUUAUAAAUCUUAGUGCUUUACAAAAUAAGCCAUAGAAAGAACUAACUGGAGAGGGUAAAAGCAGAGGAGAAAAAAACAUGUUUGAUGGUUUGAAACCUGCUGGUUGGUAGCUUCAUUGAAACUUUUUUUUUCUGUGUGAACAUAAUUUAUUCAUUGUGAAUAUUCAACAGGUGAGGUGAAAGAAGACAAACUGUGCAAGUACGAGCCUGUGAACCUCUGGACUGUUGGAUAUAUCAUCAUGUAGCGGGACACAUUUUUACAACUUGUUUCGCCAACUUGUUUGUAGUCAAUGCAGCUUAAUUUUUUUUCAAGUGCCCACGUCUUCAAACUCUCCCCGGCUCUUCUUUUUUGCAAAAUAACAAAGUAUGGACAGCGCUCCUGUCGUAUAUUAUCUCCAGAGUGAUUCAAGCUUUUUGGAAAGCUGAGGCGAGGAUAGCAAUUACAUUUACUCAUGCUACGUUCCAUUUUUCAGUCUUUCAAUCAAUAAUUCAUUUGAAUGUCCACUGGCUGCCUGGGGAAAAAAUGUUAUGCAUUUGCCAAUUUUGAUAGUUGGCUAUAAAUACAGUCUUCAGCAUUCGCUUCCACGUGAAACUGUCAGUAGUAACAGAAGACUCAGUGUUAAAUGAGGAAAUCUGUAUGAAAUAGCCAGAAAAAGCCAUUUUCAGAUGCAUUAAAAAAAGAAAAGAUCAGCCAAUACGUGGUAGUAAUGGAUCUUUGAUGGAAACUUGUGUAUACUAGGGAAUAUUAUUGCUUGGGAUAGCAAAGAUACAUCGAUGAAUAAUGCAUACAUACCCUGUUAGCCUAUAAUGAAGAUAAAGAGGAUGCCUGAUAGGAGGUUAAUGUGCCUCUUUAACUGAAGAUUCAUAGGAACCCAGAAGGGUUGUAAAAAGGGCUAGUAAAUGGCUAUGUUUUUGUAGAACACAUUAACUGUGAAUAUUACCCCUCCUGGAAGAACAUGCAGGACUAAAAUCGAAGGCUUGUGAAUUCUUGUUGCCCCUGAAAAGAUACUCUUCUCCUCAUGCAAAGUGAAAUGAUCAGUGUUUAUUUUUUUAAAGGUUCAGUGUGUGGGAUUUAGGGAGAUAUAGUGACAUCUAGUGGUGAG